AUUUUUGAUAAACACCGAAAAUACAUAUCAAGACAAAGUCAAAAAAACUGUGCUGAGACUGAGAGAUAUCAUCAACAUCAAAGUCAAAUGGUGAUUGUAACUCUUGUUCGUAUUGGCUUCCAGCAUUCUUCAGAUUGGCAUAGCAUUACGGUUAUCGUAAGUGGUGACGUCGCGUUUUCUCCGCGAUCGAAUAUGCAUAACUGUAAAAUCUCUUAGACUUCCGUUCCAAUUUGAAACCAUCGCCUAAGACAGCAAUGCUGCAGUUGUAGAAGGAAAGGUCGAAAACGGGGUUUUCCUUGAUAUGAUUAGAAGUCUAAUAAUAGCAAGAGCUGUAGAUAAAAUGAGUAGAAGCUGUAGUAAAAAUUCACAAAUUUGCUCAAACAUCGUCUAGAACAUUACUGACUUCAAAGGUAAUAUUGGAAAUAGUAGUGCAUACGGUGAAAAGAAAGAAAAAAUGGAAUUGCAAGGUUUACUGGUUUUGAUUUUAUGUGCUGGUGUUUUUGACACGAAAGCUGCUCCAACUACUUUAUCUGUGGACUCACAAGGGAUAAAACCACCACGAAAUAAGAUUCUUUUCAAGUUUGAUAUGCAAGUCAACGAAGGAAAUGGCCGAAUUCUGCACGAAAAGCUUGAGAUCAACACAAAAGCUAAAACUGAGUUGUUUAGCGUACCGAAACAUGGCGAUUCAGAAGAAUUUGAAGUCCUGGAAGACUACUCAAUGAAUUUAACUGCGAUUCACAUCAAAGCAAAGAAUAUUUGCUACGUUUUCAAAAUGAUAUCAGCAGUUCUGCCGGACGAGUUCAAAACAGAUCUUGAAAACCAAACCAUUGUUGAAGACAAUAAUACCAAUAUAAAGGUAGAAAAUACAACCUGGAAAGUGGACGCAGUUUUCACCCAGCGAUCUCUUCUUAGUGACGAAAUGGCUGUGUUGUGUGCUCGAAGCUCAAUCUACUGGAUACAAAAGAUCGAGGACACUGGGUCGGUGAGACAGUCACGUGACACAGGUCUUUCACAUGUUCAACGACGAUCAGUCUGUAUGAACAAUAAAAUCUGUGUCCUUACAUGGAGACUCAAAAUUUGUAUUCUUCCCAAUGGCAAGAGACAGCUAAUAUGGGUUCGGGUCAUGGUAUGCAGUAAUAUCUUGUCCUGUUAGUGAUCGACUGGAGGGUAACCUUAUACCUUUAUUUGAUCCCAAUACGUUGUUUAGAAUCGAGAAUCGUUGUCGGUUGAACCGGCUGUAAAUAGGACGUUUGCACGAUAACGUCAUUGACCUCUACUACCAGACUCCCUUACAUACUUUCUUUUGUCCAGUUACUUAGCACCAAUUUUUUUACUAUUCUCAUGAGGAAAUACAAAUUUGAAUAAGAAAGAAAAAUCGCGAAGCAUCUUGGUAGUGGGAGUCAAAUGACGCCAUCAUGGAAACGUCCUAUUGAGAACCAUAUUAUAAUUUAUAAGGAGUUUUAAUACUUUGGAACAAAAUAUUUCAUUUUAUACGUGUGAAUCGACAGGGUGUUUGUAACUAUCAGUUUAUAUAAUGGAUUGUAUCAAUCGAUAAUUUAUUGCCCGAUCUUUGGAAUCGAACACACAAUUUUAUAUUUAUGACUGCAGACGUUUACCUAUUUGAUAAUAAUUAUUUAAAAUCUGAAGUGCCGAAUCUGGAAUAAAAUUGCUGAAGUAUUUA